UAACACUAACACUAAUAGCAAAAUCUUGAGCACACACUAGCCAGCCAAAAAAAGAACAUGUCCUCUUCAUCAGCAGAGUCGAAAAUGGCCCUGGCCAAAACGGUUUUAUCGACAAUAGGCUCUGUUGCUGCAACAGCCAUGUUGGUUCGCACGAUAGUUCACAACUACAUCCCCCCGGAGCUCCAUGAGUAUCUCUUCUUUGGACUCAAAAACAUGUUCAUCAAGUUCUCGAAUCAGCUAACAAUGGUGAUUGAUGAAUUUGAUGGCCUCGUUAACAAUGAAAUUUAUGAAGCUGUUGCCAUCUAUUUGGGCAACAAGUUGCCCCCUAACAUCCGGCGACUUAAAAUCAGUAAACCUGCAAAGGAAAACAACUUCAACAUCACCAUGGAACGUAACGAGGAGGUGACAGAUGUUUAUAAUGGACAGACAUUCAAGUGGAUUUGGCUCUGCAGACAAACACAAGCUGAACACUUCUAUAAUCACAGAGACAUGAAUUCCACUCUAAAAUCUGAAAUCAGGUCCUUUGAGCUGACAUUUCACAAGAAAAACAAGGACCUUGUCAUUAAUUCUUACUUGCCAUACAUCAUGAAAGAAGCAAAACUGCAAAAACAUGAAAACAAGACGAUCAAGAUUCACACUGUGGAUUAUGAAAACAUGUACAAUUUACACAACAUGUGGAAGCCUGUGAAUCUCGAUCAUCCUGCCACUUUUGGGACAAUCGCGAUGGAACAGGACCAAAAAGACAUGAUCUUGAAGGAUUUGGAGAGAUUUGUGAAGAGGAAAGAUUAUUAUAGGAAAGUUGGAAAGGCAUGGAAAAGAGGGUAUUUGUUGUUUGGUCCUCCGGGGACUGGGAAAUCUAGUUUGAUUGCUGCAAUGGCAAAUUAUUUGAACUUCGAUAUAUAUGAUUUGGAGUUGACUGUGCUGAUGAGGAAUUCAGAUUUAAAGAAGUUGUUGGUUGCAACAGCCAAUAAGUCCAUUUUGGUGGUAGAGGACAUUGAUUGUACCAUUGACUUGCAAGAUAAUUUGGCUAAUCGAGCUGCGUUUGCUCAUUCAAAUGGUUAUCAGCAAGAAUGCAAGGUGACCUUGUCAGGUUUACUGAAUUUUAUUGAUGGAUUAUGGUCAAGUUGUGGAGAUGAAAGAAUCAUAAUUUUCACAACAAAUCACAUAGAAAAACUCGACCCUGCAUUGUUGCGACCUGGCAGAAUGGACGUGCACAUUCACAUGGCAUAUUGCACACCGUGUGGCUUCAAACUUCUUGCUGCCAAUUACUUGGGGAUUAAAGAUCAUAAAUUGUUUAAAGAAAUUGAGCACUUGAUUGACACAUUCAAUGUGACACCAGCAGAAGUGGCAGAACAACUGUUGAAGGAAGAUGAAGCUGAAGAUUCCCUAAAAGGGUUGAUUAAUUUUAUUCACAAAAAGAUAAAAGAGAAGGAAGAGGCUGAGGCUAAGCCUAAGAAAGUGGAAAUACCACAAGUGGAAGUAGGGAUGACAAUGGGGCAGGGCGGGGCGGAUGAGUACAUUCCAACCUGCCUCCUUGGGACUUGUGGAAAACCCACAUGA